AAGAUUAGUCACACGAGUAAAAGAGUUUGGAUAAUCAAUGUUUUUUAAAUGGAUAUACACCGAUUUCUGAAGCGUCAAGACAACAUCCCUCCUACUGAUUAUGCCAGAAAACAGCCUCGACUAGCCCUGGCAGACGCACAGAUGCCCGUGUACUGCCAACCAUGUGGAGGAGGCGGGCAUGAAGCACAGGGCACACCAGCGGGCACCAUGGAGCGAUGGCAGGAGCAGGGGGGUGAGCAUGUGCGGAGGUCGGAGGAACGGGAGUGGAGCCGGAGCAGCAGCUUUUCUGACGGGCAGCUGAAUGGGCAGCUCGAGAAGCGAUAUUGGGAACCUUGCCAAGGCUGUGGAGGCAGCCUGAAUACCAGUGAGUCCACUGUGGAAGAAAGGUCCUUGUGUGAGGACUGUGAGUACAGCUCCUGCCUUCAGCACACUCUUCAAGACACCGUCACCUGGCUCUCACUUAAGGAGGAGGAGCUGGCCAAGCCUCUGCAACUGGGGGGCAAUGGAGCAUCGCUGCGACAGCAGAGAGAAGGCGACCAGCUCUUUGUUGAAGAAGUGAAGUCCAGAGGUCCGUUCAUCUACUCUGUAUUGGAGUCGGCCCAGGAGUUCUUGUCACAGUGUUCCAUGCCGGACUCAGAGGAGGCAUUCAACAACCAUGAGGGGGACCCUGAGCAGACGGAGGUCCAGCGCGUGUGGCAGCAGUCCGGCGUGGUGGGGGCGCUCUGGGAGCAGGUGAUGGAGCGGUGCUCAGCGCGGGAGAGACGUCUGGAUGCAGCGCUGACCCAAGUGGAGGACCUGCAGGUCUCCAUGAGCUCCCUGGCUGUGGAGCUGGAGGAGGCACUGGGGGUGCAGGAGGCCUGGGAACCCCUGGGGGAACUUCUGGUGGAUGCCCUUCAGGACCAUAUCGAUGCCAUAAGGCUGUUUGAAGAGGAGCUGGUGCCCGUGGGUGAGGGAGUGAGGCGGGCCAACGAGCAGGCCCAGCUGCUCAGCGUGUCGGGGGUGAAGCUGUCCCCUGAAAACACCCAGGUCCUGCAGUGCCUCAACGACCAGUGGAGAUUACUACAGGACUCCAUAGAUGUCAGACUGAGGGACUUGCAGGAUGCUCACAGAAGCUUUGGUCCAAAAUCCCAGCACUUUCUCUCGGGAUCAGUGCAAAGACCAUGGGAACGAGCCAUAUCACCCAACAGAGUCCCAUACUACAUCAACCAUGAAGCCCAGACCACCAGCUGGGACCACCCAAAGAUGACAGAGCUCUAUCAGGCUAUGGCUAAUCUGAACCACAUCCGUUUCUCUGCCUACAGAACUGCAAUGAAGCUGAGGCGAGUGCAGAAGGCUUUAAAACUGGACCAGAUGAAGCUCAGCUUUGUUGCCGCUGUGUGUCCUAAGUCGGAGCCCCAGGAUCUGAUCAUUGACGUGACGGGUAGUGCAGAGGUCACUGGCUCAGAGCUCAUGGACGUGUUGGAGGUCAUCCACACUCUGGGCGCCCUGUACGAUCAGCAGGAAGAGGAGAGCCAGCAGCAGCUGAACAUCCCGCUCUGUGUGGACAUGUGUCUGAACUGGCUGCUCAACGUCUAUGACAGUGGCCGACUAGGGAAGCUGCGCGUUUUGUCUUUCAAGACUGGCCUGGUGUGCUUGUGUAAUGCUGAUAUCAAAGAAAAAUGUAAAUACCUGUUCCAGCAGGUGUGUGGUGGGGACGGGCGCAGUGAUGGUGCUCACCUGGCGGCACUCCUGACCGAGCUUAUGCUGAUCCCGCGGCAGCUGGGAGAAGUGGCAGCGUUUGGUGGGAGCAACGUGGAACCUAGUGUGGCCAGCUGCUUCCGUAUGGUCCCAGGCAAGCCGUCGGUGGGGCUGUCGGACUUCCUGGAGUGGAUGGGGCUGGAGCCACAGUCUGUGGUCUGGUUGCCUCUGCUGCAGCGCGUGGCCCAGGCUGAGAUCACGCAGCACCAGGCCCGAUGCUACGUCUGCAAGCAGAGCCCCAUACAGGGAUUCAGGUACCGCAGCCUAAAGCAGUUUAAUGUGGACAUCUGCCAGUCCUGCUUCCUGUCUGGCCGGGCACUCAAGGGCAAGACUCCGCAUUAUCCAAUCAUUGAGUACUACACUCCUAGCACAUCGGGAGAGAAGAUGCGGGACUUUGCAGAGACUCUGAAGAACAAGUUUCGGUCGAAGCAGUACUUCAGCAGACACCCACAGCGAGGAUACCUCCCCGUGCAGUCCUCUUUGGGGUCAGAGAGGGAAAGCACACCCAUGUCUUCCCCAAAGCUCCCUCAUGCAGACACACACUCCAGAAUUGAGCACUUUGCCAGCAGGCUGGCUCAGAUGGAAAACCAAAACUGCUCUUUCUUCAACCACAGCCUUGAUGAGGACCAGUACCCACUGGGCUCCGGGUCAGAGAUGGAGCAUCCCCACCUCCUCGGCUACACCGGCAGGGAGACCCACGAGGAGCUCCAACAAACCCUCGCCAUCCUGGAGGACCAAAACAGAAUCCUGCAGAGGGAGUACCGGCGCCUCAGAUGGCAGCAUGCCGAGGCUGCCCAGGCAGCUCAUCACGUUGGCGGAGGGGAGAGCUCGUCGGGGUCAGGAGGAUCCCCUGGAGGGUCGUCUGGGGGUCAGGAUGAGAUGCUGCUGGCCGAGGCGAGGGUCCUGAGGCAGCACAGGGGCCGACUGGAGACACGCAUGCAGAUCCUGGAGGAGCACAACCAGCAGCUGGAGUCUCAGCUGCACAGACUCAGGACACUACUGCUCAAGCCCAGGGACGACUCAGAGGACAGUGUGUCAUCAGGCAGCCAGUCAGCGCUUCAGUCCCCCUCACUCAGGAGAGAGCGUCUGGGCACACAGCCAAGCAAAGGCACCUCUGCUGGAGGGACGCUGGCAGACUAUGAACAACAGCAGACAGACACGACUUACAACUUGGAGCAGGUGAUCGAACAGCUGCGCACUGUCUUCCCAUCUGAGAGUGGCUCCCCAACACCCCUAUGAAGAGGCUGGAGGACUUUGUGAAGCCAAGAGCAAUACCACACACCAGAGGAGAGACGGGGCUGGGAAUCUACAGGGGAACUCGGAGGAAAUGUCAACACACACAUACUGAUGUCCAUAAUUUGAUGUGCAGAUCAACAGCCAAAAAGGAAAUGAUAUACAUCAAUAAUUAAUCAUUUCGGAAAAUGAGUGAUUAAGUGCUAAUGUGAUUCAACUAUUUGACAAGACGAUCACACUAUGCCAACUCUGUAAGCUACAAAGACUAACACACACACACACACACACACACACACACACACACACACACACACACACACACACAUUCCCGUACACACACACACAUGUUUUUGUAUUUGUUUUUUAAUGGAGUUGAGGUCUGUGUAUUGGUAUUGAAUGAAUGAACACUGAACCCAUGGAGCAAAAGCCCAUUGUGUAAAGCAUGUGGGACUCG